GAAAGGAAGCCCAAAAACAAUACAAAACGUCAUCCUUCAAUCAGCAGAUUCGCGUGAAACUAAAAACUCAGCCUAAUACAGUGACCAGCCUCUGAGAAAUUUAAAUGUUCUCAGAAUAAAAUAUGAAUGUGACAUCGUCCAAAAAUUAAAUCGAGAAGAUCUCAAUUUUACAGUGGGUCGGAACUACAUGUCGUUGCUUGGUCGUUCUUCACCGGAUUCUUUUUGAGGUUGCACCCGCCUCAUCUUUAGUUUUAGUGAUAGCAUUUCGGCUAAAAGCAAGUGAUAAGCUACCUUCAGGGUUCAUGUAAGGCUGUACUCUCCAAAACAAGCGCCUUAUUUCUGCAAACAUGGCGCUUACGAUGGAAACGCAGCUGCAGAGCAUCUUUGAAGAUGUUGUGAAAACUGAGAUGGUUGAAGAGGCGUUUGCUGGGAUGUGUAUGGACUCUCCAGAGGAUGAGAGAACAAAACUGAUCAGUUGUCUCGGAGCCUUCCAGCAAUACUGGGGAACUUUACCUCAGGAGUCUCACGAACAGUGCGUGCAGUGGAUUGUGCGCUUUAUACACAGCCAGCAUAGCCCCAAAAGAAUCUCCUUCCUCUACGAUUGUCUGGCAAUGGCUGUAGAGACCAGUCUCUUACCACCCAGGAUGGUUUGCGCUGCACUGAUCAGCUCCGACAACUUGGAGUGGGAGAGGACGCAGCUGUGGGCCUUGACCUUCAAGCUCAUCCGCAAGAUCAUCGGAGGAGUGGACUACAAGGGUGUUCGAGACCUACUGAAAGCCGUGCUGGACAAAAUCCAGAGCAUCCCCAUCACCGUCAGCUCGGCCAUAGUGCGACAGCUGCUGACAGCCCGAGAGGUAGUGGAGUAUAUCCUAGACAGGAACGCUUGUCUGCUGCCCGCCUACUUUGCUGUCACAGAGAUCCGAAAACUCUACCCAGAAGGUCAACUGUCACACUGGCUUCUCGGGAGCUUGAUAUCAGACUUUGUUGACAGUUUCCGACCCACAGCAAGAAUCAACUCCAUCUGUGGUCGGUGCAGCCUGUUGCCGGUAGUCAACAACAGCGGCGCCAUCUGCAACUCCUGGAAGCUGGACCCCACGACCCUGCGCUUCCCGCUGAAAGGCAUGCUGCCCUUCGACAAGGACCUGUUUGAACCGCAGACGGGCUUGCUGCGCUACGUGCUGGAGCAGCCCUGCUCAAGAGAGAUGGUGUGCAACAUGUUAGGACUCAGCAAACAGACUCUGAACAUUGCUCAGCAAAAGCAGCGCUGUCCCGUGCUGGAGGAGCAGUUGGUGGACCUGGUGAUGUACGCCAUGGAGCGCUCGGAGACGGAAGAAAACUUUGAUGCCGACGUGGGCGGGACCAGCCAGCUUCUGUGGGAGCACCUGUCCUCGCAGCUCAUCUUCUUUGUCCUGUUUCAGUUUGCCAGCUUCCCACACAUGGUGCUUUCUUUGCACCAAAAGCUUGCAGGUAGAGGUCUUAUAAAAGGAAGAGACCACUUGAUGUGGGUUCUGCUGCAGUUCAUAUCGGGAAGCAUCCUGAAGAACGCCUUAGCAGACUUCCUGCCAGUCAUUAAGCUCUUUGACCUGCUGUACCCUGAAAAAGAGUGCAUUCCCGUUCCGGACAUCAACAAGCCACAGUCCACUCACGCCUUCGCCAUGACCUGCAUCUGGAUCCAUCUGAACCGCAAAGCUCAAAGCUCCAAUCUACAGAUUCCCAUUCCGCAUUCCCUGAAGCUGCACCACGAAUUCCUCCAGCAGUCGUUGCGGAACAAAACGCUGGGCAUGACCGACUAUAAGAUCGCUCUUCUGUGCAACGCUUACAGCACCAACCCGGACUGCUUCUCCCUGCCGAUGGGCGUUCUGGUGGAGACCAUCUACGGAACACAAUCCAUGCGCAUCAACCUGCCGGGUACCAACUGCACGGCGUUGGGCUCCUUCACGCCGCUGCCCAUGAACCUGCUGGACUCACUCACCGUGCACGCAAAGAUGAGUCUGAUCCACAGCAUCGCCACGAGGGUCAUCAAGUUGGCCCACGCCAAGUCCAGCGUCGCUCUGGCCCCCGCCCUGUUGGAGACGUACAGCAGGCUGCUGGUCUACAUGGAGAUCGAGUCCUUGGGCAUCAAAGGCUUCAUCGGCCAGCUGUUGCCCAACGUCUUCAAGUCUUACGCGUGGGGAAUCCUCCACACCUUGCUGGAGAUGUUCAGCUACAGGAUGCACCACAUUCAGCCGCACUACCGCGUCCAGUUGCUGAGUCAUCUCCACAGUCUGGCCGCCGUGCCACAGACCAACCAGAACCAGCUGCAUCUAUGCGUGGAGAGCACCGCUUUGCGCUUGAUCACAGCGCUGGGCAGCUCGGAGGUGCAGCCGCAGUUCACCCGCUUUCUCAGCGACCCAAAGACGGUGCUGUCAGUCGAGUCGGAAGAGCUGAAUCGAGCGCUCAUCCUCACCCUGGCCAGAGCCACGCACGUGACCGAUUUCUUCACAGGCUCCGACUCCAUCCAUGGCACCUGGUGUAAAGACAUCCUGCAGACCAUCAUGAACUUCACCCCUCAUAACUGGGCUGCUCACACACUCUCCUGCUUCCCCGCGCCACUUCAGGCCUUCUUCAAACAGAACAACGUCCCCCAGGAGCCGCGCUUCAACCUGAAGAAGAACGUGGAAGAGGAGUACAGGAAGUGGAAGUCCAUGACCAACGAGGAGGACAUCAUCACGCACUUCUCCAUGCAGGGCUCGCCGCCGUUCUUCCUGUGUCUGCUGUGGAAGAUGCUGCUGGAGACGGACCACAUUAACCAGAUUGGCUUCAAGGUCUUGGAGCGAAUUGGGGCCCGUGCCCUCGUGGCCCACAUGCGCACGUUCGCAGACUUCCUGGUCUACGAGUUCUCCACGUCGCCCGGCGGUCCCCAGCUCAACAAGUGCAUCGAGAUCCUCAACGACAUGGUGUGGAAAUACAACAUCGUCACCUUGGACAGAGUCAUCCUGUGUCUGGCGAUGCGUAGCCACGAGCGCAACGAGGCGCAGGUGUGCUACUUCAUCAUCCAGCUGCUGCUGCUCAAGUCGGACGACUUCCGCAACAGAGUCAACGAUUUUGUGAAGGAGAACUCGCCCGAACACUGGCUGCAGAGCGACUGGCACAACAAGCACAUGAGCUACCACAUGAAAUACCCAGAGAAACUGUACUUUGAGGGCGUGGCGGAGCAGCUCAACCCCCCCAUGCAGGUGCAGCAUCAGUACAUGCCCAUCUACUUUGGCAACGUGUGCCUGCGCUUCCUGCCCGUCUUUGACAUCGUCAUCCACCGCUUCCUGGAGCUCAUCCCCGUCUCCAAAUCGCUGGAAACCCUGCUGGACCACCUGGGCGGCCUCUACAAGUUUCACGACCGUCCUGUGACGUACCUGUACAACACCCUCCACUACUACGAGCGACACCUGAGGGACAGAACCAGCCUGAAGAGGAAGCUGGUGCACGCCAUCAUGAUGUCGCUCAAGGACAACCGGACCCCCGGAUGGUGCCUCAGCGAGACCUACCUGAAGUUCGGCAUGAACCAAAGAGACGAUAAUGUUUGGACCCCCGACGACACCUACUACUGCAAGCUGAUUGGACGCCUGGUGGACACCAUGGCUGGGAAGUCGCCCGGCCCCUUCCCCAACUGCGACUGGCGCUUCAACGAGUUCCCCAACCCGGCGGCACACGCCCUGCAUGUCACCUGCGUGGAGCUGAUGGCGCUCGCCGUGCCCGGCAAAGACGUGGGCAACGCUCUCCUCAACGUGGUCCUGAAGAGCCAACCUCUUGUUCCUCGUGAGAGCAUCACAGCCUGGAUGAACGCCAUCGGCCUCGUCAUCACCGCCUUGCCGGAGCCGUACUGGAUCGUCCUGCACGACCGCAUCGUGGCCGUCAUGGGCUCGCCGGCGCUGACGUCGGAGACGGCAUGGGCGCGCGACCCCUUCUCCCUGCUGGACUUCACGGCGUGCCACCAGAGCUACAGCGAGAUCAGCUGCAGCUACGUGUUGGCGCUGGCGCACGCCAUCUGGCACCACUCGUCCAUCGGGCAGCUGUCACUCAUUCCCAAAUUCCUUUCAGAGACGCUGAAGCCGGUGGUCCAGACGGAGUUCCAGCUGCUGUACGUGUACCACCUGGUCGGACCCUUCUUGCAGCGCUUCCAGCAGGAGAGGACACGAUGCAUGUUGGAGAUUGGCGUGGCCUUCUAUGAGAUGCUGCAGGUGGUGGACCAACACUGCCAACAUCUCGACUACAUGGACCCCAUCUGUGACUUCCUGUACCACAUCAAGUACAUGUACACAGGAGACAGCGUCAAGGAGCAGGUGGAGAAAAUCAUCAUGACUCUUCGUCCGGCCAUGAAGCUUCGUCUUCGCUUCAUCACGCACAGCAGCAAGAUCGACACGUCUGCAUCGUCAGCGGCGACGGCCCCAUCCUCGUUGUCAUCUUCGUCGGCCGUCACCGUGUCCACCGUCCCGUCCGCCAUCACCUCCACGCCUCAGCCUUCAUCGUCGUCUUCAUCAUCCUCCAUGGCGACCUCGGCAACCGCCAUCGCCGUGGCCACUUCCUCGCCUUCCUCCUCCUCCUCGCAGCAUGCGCACGCCUCCAUGUAGGCAAAAUGGACUCCUUGAGCAUCAUCAGUGUUUCUAACCCUCUACGGACGUUCUUUCAAAAGCGAGGCUCAGUCUUGUUUCUGGCAUUAUUGGAAAACUUUACUCCCUUUUGGGAAAUGCAUCUUAUGCUCAUUUACAUCAUGCCCCCUUCCCAACUCGCCACCGCCACAAAUAGAUUGCAGUCCUACGUGAAAUGUUGAUCAUGGUAUUUUUUAUUGCCUUCUUUUUACAAUAAAAGUCGUUUCUGCUAACAAACGUUGGUCUGUGUAU